AUGAAUUGCAUGUAAUGUACUGCUCUAGAAGAAACUACGUGAUCGCGGGGCACUCAUCGUGAGUAAUGUCAACUUGAUUGUCAAUUAAAACCUCCGAAAUGCAUAAAUUAAAGUCGUCGCAGAGAGAGAAAGUUCGGCAGUUCAUUGCGUUCACAAACACGGGAGAGAAGACUGCCAUUUACUGUUUACAACAACACGACUGGAGGCUUGAUAUAGCUUCAGAUAAUUAUUUCCAGAAGCCAGAUGUAUACUAUAGAGAAUCCAAAGCAGCAGUUGACAAAAAGACUCUUGAACAACUGUACAAAAGAUAUAAAGAUCCACAAGAGGAUGAUAAGAUUCUAGCGGAGGGGGUAGCUAAGUUCUGCGAGGACCUGAACCUCGAUCCUGCCAGCAGACCUGUCCUCAUCAUCGCAUGGAAAUUCAAAGCAGCCACCCAGUGUGAAUUCACACGUAAAGAAUUCACAGAUGGCAUGACAGAGUUAGGGUGUGACUCAAUACAGACGCUGAGACUAAAAAUACCUACGUUGGAUAAUGAACUCAGGGAUACAUCUAAGUUCAAAGAUUUCUACCAGUUCACAUUUAACUUUGCUAAGAAUCCUGGCCAGAAGAGUUUAGAUCUUGAAAUGGCAAUUGCAUAUUGGAAUAUAGUACUUCAAGGAAGAUUCAAGUUCUUAGAUGAAUGGACGCAAUUUCUCAGAGAGCAUCACAAAAAGUCAAUACCUAGGGAUACGUGGAACCUCCUGCUUGAUUUCAGUAACAUGAUUGCUGAUGACAUGAGCAACUACGAUGAAGAAGGUGCUUGGCCAGUUCUAAUAGAUGCAUUUGUAGAGCAUGUUAAGCCGUCAAUACCCUGUAAAAGUACGGUAGUGUGACAGCAUGAAACAUCUCUCCUCCUUCCUGCCGCCAGCCAGCCAAUCAGUUCCUCAACAGUUACUUUCACGCUUGAAUUCCACGCCGAAGGAUGAACGAUGACGCCUUGCACGGGACGAGAGACGUAGAAAACACCUGGAAAGAUUUGUGUGAAGUCGUCCGCGGAAAGGCAUCGUGAAUACUAUGUGUGGGGUUGCUGCAUAGCCUCUAUGGUUUUCUACAGAAUAUGUGUAUUAUGGAGAGCAAGUAUGCCAUGCUUUAUACAGUGUUUGAACUUUUCUCGUGUGAAAGCAAGCUGCAUGAUGUUGAGACUAGAGAGAGGAGUAAAUCAUGUUUAUAUUCAGUAUUGGGAGAGUUGUUGGUGUGCCACUAUUUAACUGUUAAAGGACUAACUUUAAGGAUGUGUCUGUUCUUGCUACACAAAACAUCCUUUUCAUGUUGAGCAUGCACCAAGGUCGCGGUCAUUGUUUUUCAAUAUUUUGUUCCUUCAUUGCGGCCCGUGGUUUUAAAGGAAAGGAUGAUUUUUAUUUAUCUGAUUUUUGCAUCCAAAUGUAUCUGUACUAUUCUUUGUAAGUUCAGCCAUCUUUCCAGUGCGGAUGAGCAUUUGCAUUGAUGAUUUAAUGGCCGGAGCCGAAUAGUUUUGAUGAACUCAGGCCCUGUCUUUAAUACAAAGAGAUGCGACCGAUCCGGAUUGAUCACAAGUCCUCCAAUCAAUCUCAAAUGUACAAACUUCAAUCUCUUGAGUACAGAGUUGUAAUUGUUAUCAAGUUGCAAUCAAUUUGAAUUAAUCACUCCUCUUUGUUAGACAAUGCUGGUGUAUUGUUUGGAUCAGAAUUUCAGUUAUUAUUCAGUUUAAUAUCAGCAAUUCUGGAAACACCAUCUGUUUCCAAAUGAAUAUACCUGUAUGCCAGAAGCAGCCAGACGAUGCAGGUCCACCAAGUCGGCGGCAUAGCAAAGUAAAUUGUGUUUUGGUUCAUAUACUCUGUAGGGUUUCUCUUAUCUUUACAUGAGUUAUCUCUUUCUUCUUUCAUCCUCUUUACUCUUCUCUCUUUUCUCGAACAUCCCCUGUUUCUCCCUUUUGCUUGUUUCUGCCCUCUUCUGUUCUCUCAUUCUCUUUCAUUUUCCUGUCUCAUCUCAACGAUCUGCACUCAUUUUCCCUACUCUUUUAUCUUCAACUGUCCUCUCCUCUUUUCUGCCCAUAUCUCAUCUUCUUUCAAAUUCUCUCUUUUAAGAUUUGUUUCAUAAUCAUAUUUCUGUUCUUCCAUGGUGUAAUUUAAUUGAUAUUAUUAAUAUGUUCAGGGUAUCAGAGAACGUUUGUAUAUGGGGGAGGGGGUCAAUUUGGUCUAAAACAUGAAGCUUUCAUGAUUUUCACAA